AUGUCUGCAUUCACCAAACUCGUCCGGUUCUCGGCUGGCUCGCGAACUUACUAUGGAGAUCUCGUGGCCUCUGUCAACGGGAAGUAUACUGUGCGGAAACUGAAUGGGUCUCCUUUCACCAAACUGGAAACUACAGAGGAGACUGUACAGGUUGAAACACUCGAGUGUCCCUUGGAAAGUGUUCCAAUCAUCAUGUGUAUUGGAUUGAAUUACAACCAACACGCGAAGGAGGCCAAUCUCCCUGUCCCUACCUACCCGGUCAUUUUCACCAAGCCCGCAGACGCACUUGCCGGACCCUUUGAAACAAUUGACAUCCACCCAGAUGCGCGUGAGCUUCUCGACUACGAGGGCGAAUUGACCAUCGUGAUCAGCAAAGAUGCUAAAAACGUGUCGGAGGAAGAUGCACUGGACUAUGUUUUGGGCUACACAGCUGGAAACGAUCUGUCCGCUCGGAAUUUCCAGCGACCCGAAGCCUCGGGUGGUCAGUUCUGCUACGCCAAAUCGUUCGAUAAAUUUGCGCCAAUUGGCCAUGCGAUCGUGGCGGCACGCGAAAUACCAGAUCCCCAGGUAUUAAAUCUGACCACCAAGGUUAACGGCGUUGUCAAGCAAGAGACCAGCACCGGUGAUAUGAUCUGGAGUGUUCGUCAGCUCAUCAGUCACCUUUCCCGUGGUACGACGCUCCGAAAGGGGACCUUGGUUAUGACUGGGACUCCAUCCGGUGUAGGUUAUUUCCGUAAGGAGUUCCUUACCCAUGGAGAUAUUGUCGAGGUGGAGAUUGAAGGAGUUGGAGCAACCAAAAACCGAGUUCAGCACUGA